CCCAAGACCUGGAGAGCACGCCAGCGGUCCGGGCCAUGUUGCGGUAGCCCCGGCCUCCCUCGCGGCCCCACAGCCUCGGUGCGGCCCAACAGGCUCUUUUCAUGUUGAGGUGCAGCAGCACCAUGUUCCUAGGGUGAGAGCUGCUAGGGCAUGCUGCUCCCCAUGGGUUGCCCACCAUGUCUAAUGGAUAUCGCACUCUGUCCCAGCACCUCAAUGACCUGAAGAAGGAGAACUUCAGCCUCAAGCUGCGCAUCUAUUUCCUGGAGGAGCGCAUGCAACAGAAGUAUGAGGCCAGCCAGGAAGACAUCUACAGGAGGAACAUCGAGCUGAAGGUUGAAGUGGAGAGCCUGAAGCGAGAACUCCAGGACAAGAAGCAGCAUCUGGAUAAAACAUGGGCCGAAGUGGAGAAUCUCAACAACCACAGUGAAGCUGAGCUCCGGCGCCAGUAUGAGGAGCGGCAGCAGGAGACGGAGCGCCAGUAUGAGCUCCUGGAGAACAAGAUCCAACUUCUGCAGGAGGAAUCCAGGAUAGCAAAGGAUGAAGCUGCACGGAUGGCUGCACUGGUGGAAGCAGAGAAAGAGUGUAACCUGGAGCUUUCAGAGAAACUGAAGGGAGUCACCAAGGACAUGGAGGAUGUGCAAGCAGACAAGCUCACAUCUGACCAACACACCGAGGCCCUGGCCGGGAGGGACAAGAAAAUUGAAGAGCUGAGCCAAAGCCUGGCUGCCCAGGAGAAGCUGGUAGAACAGCUGUCUCAGGAGAAACAACGACUGCUACACCUGCUGGGGGAGCCAAGCAGCAUGGAUGUGCAGCCCAUGACUGAAGAAUUACUCAGACAACAAAAGGUGAACUCCGAUGAGACCACUGUAAGUCAACAGUCUGUGCCUGAUUCCCACUUGGCUGAACUUCAGGAGAAAAUCCAACAAACCGAGGCCACCAACAAGAUUCUUCAAGAGACACUGAAUGAAAUGAACCAUGAACUGAAGUCUGCUCAGGAGUCAUCGCAGAAACAAGAUAGUACCAUUCAAAACCUCAGGGAAACUCUGAAAAGCAGGGAAAAUGAGACCGAGGAGCUGUACCAGGUGAUUGAAAGUCAAAAUGACACCAUGGCAAAGCUUCGAGAAAUGCUGCACCAGAGCCAACUUGGACAACUUCAGAGUUCAGAGGGUACCGUGCCAGCUCAGCAGCAGGUAGCUCUGCUCGAUCUUCAGAGUGCCCUGUUCUGCAGUCAGCUUGAAAUACAGAAGCUCCAGAGGGCAGUGCGACAGAAGGAACGCCAGCUGGCCGACGCCAGGCGUUGUGCACAGUUUGUAGAGGCUGCAGCACGAGAGAGAGAACAGCAGAAAGAGGCUUCUUGGAAACAUAACCAGGAAUUGCGAAAAGCCUUGCAGCAGCUGCAGGGAGACGUGCAGAAUAAAAGCCACCAACUUCGCACCCUGGAGAUUGAAAAAUACAAUGAAAUACGAACUCAGGAACAACACAUCCAACACCUAAACCAUAGUCUGAGCCACAAAGAUCAGCUACUUCAGGAAUUUCAGGAGCUCCUGCAGUAUCGAGAGAACUCAGACAAAACCCUCGAAACAAACGAGCUGUUGCUUGAGAAACUUCGGCAACGGAUACAAGAUCGGGCAGUUGCUCUAGAGCGGGCUAUUGAUGAAAAGUUCUCCGCCCUAGAGGAGAAAGAACGAGAACUGCGUCAGCUUCAUCUCGCCGUGCGGGAGCGAGACCAUGACUUAGAGCGGCUGCGCGGCGUCCUCUCCUCCAACGAAGCUACCAUGCAGAGUAUGGAGAGUCUCCUGAGAGCCAAGGGCCUGGAAGUGGAGCAGUUAACUACGACCUGUCAGAACCUCCAGUGGCUGAAAGAAGAAAUGGAAACCAAAUUUAGCCGUUGGCAGAAGGAACAAGAGAGUAUCAUUCAGCAGUUACAGACGUCUUUACAUGACAGGAACAAGGAAGUAGAGGAUCUUAGUGCAACAUUGCUCUGCAAACUUGGACCAGGGCAGAGUGAAAUAGCUGAGGAGCUGUGCCAGCGUCUACAGCGAAAGGAGAGGAUGCUGCAGGACCUGCUAAGUGAUCGGAACAAACAAGCGGUGGAGCAUGAAAUGGAGAUUCAGAGCCUGCUGCAGUCCAUGAGCACCAGGGAGCAAGAGAGCCAAGCUGCCGCAGAAAAGAUGGUACAAGCCCUAAUGGAAAGAAAUUCAGAGUUACAGGCCCUGCGUCAGUAUCUAGGCGGGAAAGAGUACAUGAUGUCCCAAGCAUUCAGUUCUCACCAACAAGCUGCAGUUGCCUCCAGUGGCCCUCCACUUGCAGAGCAGACUGAGCAAGGUUCACUGCACGUAUCAUCCAGAGAUGGUAGCACUUCAUUGACUGCCAAAGAAGAUGCCAGCACACCCAGGUCCAUGCUACGAGACUUGGACACUAUUGCAGGAUUGGAAAAAGAGCUAAGUAAUGCCAAAGAAGAGCUUGAACUCAUGGCUAAAAAAGAGAGAGAGAGCCACAUGGAACUUUCCGCUCUACAGUCCAUGAUGGCUGCACAGGAGGAGGAGCUGCAGGUGCAGGCUGCCGAUCUGGAGUCCCUCACUAGGAACAUACAGAUCAAAGAAGAUCUCAUAAAGGACCUGCAAAUGCAACUGGUUGAUCCUGAAGACAUACCAGCUAUGGAACGCCUGACCCAGGAAGUCUUACUUCUUCGGGAAAAAGUUGCUUCUGUGGAAUCCCAGGGUCAAGACAUCUCAGGAAACCGAAGACAACAGUUGCUGCUGAUGCUAGAAGGCCUGGUAGAUGAACGGAGUCGGCUCAAUGAGGCCUUACAAGCAGAGAGGCAGCUCUAUAGCAGUCUGGUGAAGUUCCAUGCCCAUCCAGAGAACUCCGAAAGAGACCGAACUCUGCAGGUGGAAUUGGAAGGGGCCCAGGUGUUACGCAGUCGACUAGAAGAAGUUCUCGGAAGAAGCCUGGAGCGCUUAAGCAGGCUGGAGACGCUGGCCGCCAUUGGAGGUUCAGCUGCAGGAGAUGACACUGAAGAUACAAGCACCGAGUUCACAGACAGCAUUGAGGAGGAAGCUGCUCACAGGAGCCACCAGCAACUCAUCAAGGUGGCUUUGGAGAAAAGCUUGGCAGCUGUGGACACCCCGGAUGUAUCUCUUUCCUCCUCUUCCCCAGUCGGAGGGGACAGUAACAGGUGUCUGCAGGAAGAAAUGCUACACCUGAGGGCUGAGGUUCAUCAGCACCUAGAAGAGAAGAGGAAAGCAGAGGGGGAGCUGAAGGAGCUAAAGGCUCAAAUUGAGGAAGCAGGAUUCUCCUCCGUGUCUCACAUCAGGAACACCAUGCUGAGCCUUUGCCUGGAGAACGCAGAACUGAAAGAGCAGGUGGGAGAAGCAAUGUCUGAUGGAUGGGAGAUAGACGAUGACAAGGAGAAGGGCGAGGUGAUGGUGGAGACCGGAGCCGCCAAAGGAGGUCCCAAUGACAGUAACCUUCAGUCUGAGUUCCGAAAGCUGCAGGGAAAACUGAAGAAUGCCCACCAUAUUAUCAGCCUCCUCAAGGAACAGCUAGUGCUGAACAGCAAGGAAGGGAAGAACAAACCAACUCCUGAGCUGCUGGGGCAUCAUGACAAGGAGACCGGCAAAAGGAACUUGGGACUGCCUUGUUCUGCUGAGAAGCACCAGUGCCAAGAGGAGGAGGAUGUGAGCAUGAGGCCCCACCCCAGACCCCAGAGCCUUGACCUCGGAACUGUUCUCCCUGGGGAUGCCCAUCAACUGAAUAACAAACCCCAGAUCUGGGAUCCUGUGCCACAGUCAGAACUCAGCCUUUCGGGCUCCACCAAGCACCUACGCUCCCAACUGGCACAAUGCAAACAACGCUACCAAGAUCUCCAAGAGAAGCUGCUGAUCUCAGAAGCCACUGUCUUCGCCCAGGCGAACCAGCUGGAGAAAUACAGAGUCGUAUUUGCAGGUGAAUCCUUGGUGAAACAAGACAGCAAGCAGGUCCAAGUGGACCUGCAGGACCUGGGCUAUGAGACUUGUGGCCGAAGUGAGAAUGAAGCUGAGCGGGAGGAGACCACAAGCCCUGAGUGUGAGGAGCAUAACAGCCUUAAGGAAAUCCUCAUGGAGGAGACAUGCUCUGGGAAGGGACGCCUGGGUCCCCCCCUGGCCAGCUGCCCUGGGAGGAAGCAGCAGGAAUUGCAAGCUCAGGGGCAAGCAGAGGACAUCUCAGCCCUGCAGAAGGACAUCAUGGAUCUGAAAGCCCAGCUGCAGAGUGCCAACAAGGUCAUCCAAAGCCUCAAGAGCCGAGUCCGAUCCCUAUCCGUUACAAGCGAUUACUCAUCGAGCCUGGAAAGACCCCGGAAGCUGAGGGCUGUUGGUGACCUUGAAGGAUCUUCACCUCGUAGUGUCACUGAUGAGGAUGAGGGCUGGCUGUCCGAUGGCACUGGGGCUUUCUACCCACCAGGGAUUCAGGCCAAAAAGGAUCUGGAGCGACUCAUCCAGAGGGUGGCACAGCUGGAGGCACAGCUGCCCAAGACCGGCCUGGAAGGGAGACUGGCGGAGGAGCUGAGGUCGGCCUCGUGGCCAGGGAAAUAUGAUUCCCUGAUUCAGGAUCAGGCUCGAGAACUCUCCUACCUUCGGCAAAAAAUUCGAGAAGGGAGAGGCAUCUGUUACCUUCUCAUCCAGCAUGCAAAAGAUACCGUCAAGUCUUUUGAAGACCUGCUAAGGAGCAAUGACAUUGACUACUACCUGGGGCAGAGCUUCCGGGAGCAGCUUGCCCAGGGAAGCCAACUGACAGAGAGGCUCACCAAUAAACUCAGCACCAAGGAUCAUAAAAAUGAGAAAGAACAAGCUGAACUCGAGCCACUGGCCCUCAGGCUCAGCAGGGAGCUGCAGGAGAAGGAGAAAGUGAUUGAGGUGCUGCAGGCCAAGCUGGACGCCCGGUCUGUCUCGCCCCCCAGCAGCCGUGCCUUGUCCGACUCCCAUCGUUCUCCCAGCAGCACCUCCUUCCUGUCUGAUGAGCUGGAAGCCUGCUCAGACAUGGAUGUUACUAGCGAAUACACACAUUAUGAAGAGAAGAAAGCUUCACCCAAUCACUCAGAUUCCAUCCAUCAUUCAAGUCAUUCUGCUUCAUUGUCUUCUAAACCAUCAGCCAACAGUGCAUCUCAGGGAGUUAAGGCCGAAUCCAGCAGCAACCCUAUCAGCUUGGCAACUCCCCAGAGUCCCACAAAGGAGGCCAGCCAGGCCCAGCCAGGCUUCUGUUUUAACUCCAUGCCCAAGUUGGCUAGCCUCCCCCAGGCACCACUGCCCUCAGCUCCAUCCAGCUUCCUGCCUCUCAGCCCCCUUGGCCCUUCCCUCGGCUGCUGUGAGACACCGGUGCUCUCUUUGGCUGAGGCUCAACAGGAGCUGCAGAUGCUUCAGAAGCAGCUGGGAGAAAGUGUUAGCACUGUCCCACCUUCCUCCAGAGCUCCAUUGCCAAGCAACCAUUUGGAUGCCAGCUCUUCCCUCUUCCUCAGCCCUGCUCAGCCCCAGUCUCCUGCAAGGGGCACCAUAGAGCUGGGCAGAAUUCUGGAGCCUGGGUACCUGGGCAGCCAUGGCCAGUGGGACAUGAUGAGACCUCAGAAGGGGAGUAUGUCUGGGGACCUGUCCUCAGGCUCAUCUUUAUUCCAGCUUCACUCCAAACCCACAGGGGCUGAUCUACUGGAAGAGCAUCUUGGUGAAAUUCGGAACCUACGCCAGCGUUUGGAGGAGUCUAUCUGCAUUAAUGACCGCUUGCGGGAGCAGCUGGAACACAGGCUUAGCUCCACCACCCGUGGCAGUGGAUCCACCUCAAAUUUCUGUGGCCAAGGCCUGGAAUCCAUUCCUCAGCUCUACAAUGAGAACAAAGUCCUCAGGGAAGAAAAUCGGAGCCUUCAGGCCCAGCUGAGCCAUGUGUCUAGAGAGCACUCCCAGGAAACAGAAUGCCUGAGGGAGGCUCUGCUGUCCUCCCGAUCCCGACUGCAAGAGCUGGAGAAGGAGCUGGAGCACCAGAAAGUGGAGAGGCAGCAGCUCUUGGGAGACCUGCGGGAGAAGCAGCAGGAGAUCUUGCAUUUCAGGGAGGAACGUCUGUCCCUGCAGGAAAAGGACUCCAGGCUGCAGCACAAGCUGGCCCUCCUGCAGCAGCAGUGUGAGGAGAAGCAGCAGCUGUUUCAGAGCCUCCAGUCGGAGCUACAGAUCUAUGAAGCACUUCACAGCAAUUCGAAGAGGGGGCUGAAAGCUUUUGGUCUGGAUGCCUGCCACCAGGCCCCUCUGAGCAGUGACUUGAGUUGCCUGGUGGCAGAGAUCCGAGUUCUGAGAGGGCAGCUGGAGCAAAGCAUCCAGGUGAACAACUGUCUGCGGCUGCAGCUGGAGCUGCAAUUGGAGGGUGGUGUUGGCAAAGCCAGCCCUGGUGCCUGCUCCAUGAGCCAGAGCUUCACCACCAGCACUGACCCUGGAAACAAGCAGCCCAUCUUCCAAGACUCAACUGCUUCCCCUCCAGUUCGGGAUGUUGGCAUGAAUCCCCCAGUCAUGGACUUCCCCAGCUCCUGUUCCUCCACUCCUGGAUCAGAAACUGUCAUCUUCAGUAGGAGAGAUGAGCUGAGUUUGUGUACUUCUCCUUUAAGGAAGGACACUCCCAAGCUGGAGGGUGAUGCUACUGAUGGCUGUUUUGCCAAUAAGCAUGGUCGCCACGUUAUUGGUCACAUUGAUGACUAUAGUGCCCUCAGGCAGCAAAUUGAGGAGGGCAAAUUGCAGGUGGCGAAGGUAGCAGCUCUCCUGAGGUCAGCAUGCGACUUCCCUGGCCUGGAAGCUCAGGCCACCGAGGUGCUGGACUGCAAAGGCCUCCGCAAGCUUCGGAGCAGCACCAGCGCCCUGCACCACACCCUGCAGGAGGCAGCCGCACUCCUGGCCAUGUUCUGGCGGGCAGCCUUGCCAAGCUCCCACAGCCCCGUGCUGUUAGGCAAAGCGGGGGAGUCAGUGGAAAGAGAGCUCACCGAGCUGAGAGCCCGAGUCUCCGAGCAGCAGAGGCUGCUUCAGGGCACAGCGGAGCGGCUGCGGACCGCCAACCAGCAGAGGGAGAACCUGGAGCAGUUCAUCGUCAGCCAGUUGACCAGGACGCAUGAUGUUUUGAAGAAGGCAAAGACUAAUUUGGAGGAACCAUGCAGGAAGCGCAUCCAAAGGAGAUCUCUGAACCAGCCAGGAGAAAUGGGCCUGUGUCCUGUAGCUCCACUGCCUUCUUGCUGAAGAGGAGCUGAGCCCUAUUCCUCCAAGCCCACUGCAGGGUCAGGAGAAGGGCUCUAAGGAGUCAUGGAGGGGGCAGGGAGGAAGGCAGAGUGCCUUCCUGGCAGUGGAAGACCACCACUAGCCAAGAUCUGUCAGCCCCAGCAAGAAGCCAAACACACAGAGAGGAAGGACCCUGUGACACUGCUCGUAAGCAGCCCACUGGCAUAGCAGUGGCCACAGCACGGUUCUCACCUAUGCAGCUGCUCCUAAUUGGCCAACUCAAGACAAGUAGGACCGAGCUGCCUGCAGACAGGACGUGUGGUCCCCAUCGCAGAGCUACACAGACAGUUCUAGAAGCACACUGCUGAGUGGCAGUGCCUUGCUGGACAGUGUCAGGGGCUCCAUGAGCGCUGCUCCCAGACCUGCCCCCAGUUAGCACUCUGCAGCCUGCAGCGUCACACACGGUGACUGUAGGGACAUCACAGAUGCCAUUUCACACUGCCUCAUGCUCCUCCUGGUUUUGAUCUAUUUCCUGUCCUAUUUUUUUUUUCACCUGAAAUCCACCCAAACAAUUUGGCACGGAAGGCCAUACCUAGUCUGUUAAAACUCUUGUGUACAACAAAUUGUGGGGUUUUUUUUUUUGAGUGGCCUGGGAGAAGGCUUCAACUAUGCUCACGCCUCGCCUGUGUUUUCACAGUGCAUACAGAUGGUGUGUAUGUGUGUACAAAUGUAUGCAGCAGAUUUAUAUAUGGUGCUAAAGCCACCGCAAAGGGCAAUGUAACUUGUAGGCAGGGUUGGCAAGAGCAAAGGAUAAUCUUUUUGGUAGAUGUUAAAGCAAUGUGUAUAAAGUAAUAAACAGUUUU